GCCUCCUGCCCCAUCUGCCGGGAAUUUUUCCGGGACCCCGUGUCCAUCCACUGCGGCCACCACUUCUGCCGCGCCUGCAUCGAGCGCCGCUGGGAGUGGCCCACGGGCGGGUUCGCUUGCCCGCGGUGCCGGGACGCGGCCCCCCUCCGCCCGAGCCGCGAGCUGGCGCGGGUGCUGGAGAUCGCCCGGCGGCUGAGCCGGGGGGAGGCGCUGGGGCUCGCCCCCGGGCCCGGGGGGUUCACGGCCGGGGGGAAGAUCUCGGGGGUCUCUGGGGGUCCCAAACCCGGGGUCCCAAAAAAUCCGUCCCUGUGGUUUGUGGGAGAUUCACCGAGUCCCUUCUCUCCCUUCCAGGACCUCAGCGGCACCUUGAGCAGCCUCGGGCAGGAAAAGCCCCCGCUGCUGCCGCCGCCGCUCCCAGAGCUGGGAAUGAGAAUCCGGCGCUUCAGGGAGGAAAAUCUUCCCCUGGAGGAGGCGCUGAGGACAGUCCGAGACCUCCUGGUGUUCGAGCUGCCCGAGAAAAUGUCCGUGACCCUGGACCCCCGCACCGCCCACCCGCAGCUCCGCGUGGCUCCCGACGGGAGCAGCGUCAGCUGGGAACCGAACCGGGACCCUCCCGAACCCGAGGCCGAACCGGGACCCGAACCCGAACCCGAACCACCCGAACCCGAACCCGAACCCUGCCCCGACCCCUCGGUGCUCGGCCGCGAGGGCGUCACCGCCGGGCAGCGCUGCUGGGACGUGCGGGUGGCACCCGACGGGUCCUGGGCGCUGGGGGUGGCGCUGGAGACCCCCGGGAGCACCCCCGGGAGCGGGCCAGGGACCCCCGGGAGCCCCGGGUGGGAGCUCUGGUCCAUGGGGCUCUGCCAGGGCCAGUUCUGGGCUCUCACCUCCCAGGAGCGCAUCCCGCUGUUCCCGGCCCGCGCCCCCGGCACCGUGCGGGUGGCCCUGGACUACGAGCGGGGCCAGGUGGCUUUUUUCGAUGCGGACCAGAGGAGCCUCAUCUUCGCCUUCCCGGCGGCCGCGUUCCAGGGGCGGAGAGCCCGGCCCUGGUUCCUGGUGUGGGGCGAGGGCUCGCGGCUCGCGCUGUGCCCCUGAGCCCCCCAAAUCGGGGGGUUUCACUCGUUCCCGGCGCCCCAAGGACCCGCUAUCCCGAGCUGUCACCCCCAAAUCGGGGGG